AGACCACCCAACGGACUUGUUCAUUUUAAUGUUGGUUGCUCUGCGUCUCUUUUCUUUCUUUACUAUAGAAAUCCUUGCUUGAUUUUUUGUUUUCUUGUUUCGUACUUCAUAUCUCAACUUAUCUUCUUUUGCAUAUUUUUCUUUUCCCCCUUCUACUUUCCUUUCAGCUUUAGUAUUGUCGGUUAAUGUGCAUAAUGCAUCCUCACCCUCUCCUCUGUCAUCUACUACACUAUUAUUGGACCAAUUGGUGCAUUAACUAUUGCAAAUCUAAUUUGUUUUCCCAUUGGAAAAUCAGGAGAGUAAAUGAGCCCAUAUCAAGAAGGCAGACACUACAAAUUUCACAGAAAGACCAAUCCUCAUGUUUGACCGGCAACCCCAUAGAUGACUGCUGGAAAUGUGACCCCGACUGGGCCAACAACCGCCAGAGGCUGGCUGAUUGUGCCAUUGGAUUUGGCCAGUACACCCUCGGUGGCAAAGGGGGCGAGUACUACAUUGUCACGGAUUCCUCUGACGAUGACGCUGUUACUCACAAGCCAGGAACACUGAGAUAUGCUGUGCUACAGGAAGAACCACUCUGACUUGAGUAUCAGCAAGAGUUAAAAUUCUAAAACAUUCAAUUUCAUCAUAAUCUAUCAAUAUAGAAUUUAGAUUAAUAUAUUUUUAAGGUAUUUAUUAUUCAUGUAAUAGUGAAAUUUCUUAUCUAUUCAAUAUACUUUCUUAAGUUAU